AGAUUUUGGAUGUAGAUUAGUCUUCAGUGUUAGAGAUAACCUGUUUAACAUCUCACUUGAUGCCUGGUACAUAGUAGCUGCCCGGUAGAUAGGAGGGAUUAACGUGGGGGAAAAGCCAUUCCGUGAGUGGCAAACAGUAUGUGAAAGACAUUGAAAUGAGAAGCACCCUUAUAAAAAUCUAUCAGUUUGGAUUCUUCAGAUGUGACUCAAAACCUUUGUUCUGAAGGGAGACUUUUUCCAGGGGCUCGAUGAUGUUGCCUAGAUUUCUCUCAACCAAAGUUGGCUGCUCCCAGCCGCUGCAGCUGGGUACUGCCUUAAUUCCCGUCAGUGUCCCAGCUUUUCCAGAAGUUCUGCCAUUCACUCGGGCAUGUAGCUACCUUGAACUGGUGCCCUCAUUGGACUCACUAUCCACAGUGACUUCACUGGGACAACAAGGGUCCCCAAAUAGAGUCGUCACAUCAGAAAUCUGGGAUUCUUGGGAAGGAAAGAAGAGAUGCGGGAUCUGAUGGCUACUGCAGAAAUAUUGAAGGGACAGUAGCUCCUAAGGAUUUCUGUCCUUGAAAAGCAAUGAUAAAGGAAAAUCAUUUGAGGAGAAUAAAAUAGCUAUUGAGUUUAAUAAUUAUUACAUGUUUGCUAUGUAGGUGACAUGGUAUAUUUGGAAGAAUACGAAUUUUGAAAUCAGAUUCCGACACUGCCACUAGCUUUGUGACUUAGGGCAAGGUAUUAAGCAAGGCGACUGUGUGCACGUUGUCCUGGAUCCUUUGGGAAACCUUGAUGUGCCUAGAAAAUGCUGAUACGCAGUAAAUGGUAUCUACUGUCAUGAAUUCUAAAUUUUAGAGGAGAGGGUUAAAUCCACCACACAGGGUGAAAUCUAUCUCCAUGACAACAUUCACACAACAGGAAAUUGAAUUUCUGCAGAAACAUGGAAAUGAAGUCUGUAAACAGAUUUGGCUAGGAUUAUUUGAUGAUAGAUCUUCAGCAAUUCCAGACUUCAGGGAUCCACAAAAAGUGAAAGAGUUCCUACAAGAAAAGUAUGAAAAGAAAAGAUGGUAUGUCCCUCCAGAACAAGCCAAGGUGGUGGCAUCAGUUCAUGCGUCUAUUUCAGGGUCGUCUGCCAGUAGCACGAGCAGCACGCCUGAGGUCAAACCCCUGAAGUCUCUUUUAGGAGACUCAGCACCAGCACUGCACUUAAACAAGGGCACACCUAGUCAGUCCCCUGUUGUAGGUCGCUCUCAAGGGCAGCAGCAGGAAAAGAAGCAGUUUGACCUUUUAAGUGAUCUUGGCUCAGACAUCUUUGCUGCUCCAGCGCCUCAGUCAACGGCCACAGCCAAUUUUGCUAACUUUGCACAUUUCAACAGUCAUGCCGCUCAGAACUCUGCAAAUGCAGAUUUUGCAAACUUUGGUGCAUUUGGACAGUCUAGUGGCUCGAGUGAUUUUGGAGGUUUCCCCACAGCAAGUCGCUCUCCUUUUCAGCCCCAAACUCCAGGUGGAAGUGCUGGAUCAGUAAAUGCUAAUUUUGCUCAUUUUGAUAACUUCCCCAAAUCCUCCAGUGCUGAUUUUGGAACCUUCAAUACUUCCCAGAGUCAUCAAACAGCAUCAGCUGUUAGUAAAGUUUCAACGAACAAAGCUGGUCUGCAGACUACAGACAAAUACGCAGCACUUGCUAAUUUAGACAAUAUCUUUAGUGCUGGGCAAGGUGGUGAUCAGGGGAGUGGUUUUGGGACCACAGGUAAACCUCCUGUUGGUUCUGUGGUUUCAGUUCCCAGUCAGUCAAGUGCAUCUUCAGACAAAUACGCAGCCCUGGCAGAACUCGACAGCGUUUUCAGCUCCGCGGCCACGUCCAGUAACGCGUAUACUUCCACAAGUAACGCUAGCAGCAAUGUUUUUGGAACAGUGCCCGUGGGUGCUUCUGCACAGACACAGCCUGCUUCUUCAAGUGUGCCUGCUCCAUUUGGAGCUACGCCUUCCACAAAUCCAUUUGUUGCUGCUGCUGGUCCUUCUGUGGCAUCUUCUACAAAUCCAUUUCAGACCAAUGCCAGAGGAGCAACAGGCCUUUCUGGAGCAAUGCAUUCUCAAGUGUUCCCUCACGCUCAUUUUGCUGCGACCUUUGGCACCGCGUCCAUGAGCAUGCCUGCGGGGUUCGGGACUCCUGCGCCCUACAGUCUUCCCACCAGCUUCAGUGGCAGCUUCCAGCAGCCUGCCUUCCCGGCCCAAGCAGCUUUCCCUCAGCAGACAGCGUUUUCUCAACAGCCCAAUGGUGCAGGUUUUGCAGCAUUUGGACAAAGCAAGCCAGUGGUAACCCCUUUUGGUCAAGUUGCAGCUGCUGGAGUAUCUAGUAAUCCUUUUAUGACUGGUGCACCAACAGGACAGUUUCCAACGGGAAGCUCAUCAACCAAUCCUUUCUUAUAGCCUUAUAUAGACACUUUACUGGAACGAACUUUUACGUGGUCACAUUACAUCUCUCCGCCUCUUGCACUGUUGUCUUGUUUCACUGAUCUUAGCUUUAAACACAAGAGAAGUCUUUAAAAAGCCUGCAUUGUGUAUUAAACACCAGGUAAUAUGUGCAAAACAGAGGGCUCCAGUAACAACUUUUAACCUGUGAAUUGGCAGAAAAGGUAGCGGUAUCAUGUAUAUUAAAAAUUGGCUAAUAUUAAGUUAUUGCAGAUACCACAUUCAUUAUGCUGCAGUACUGUACAUAUUUUUCUUAGAAAUUAGCUAUUUGUGCAUAUCAGUAUUUGUAACUUUAACACAUUGUUAUGUGAGAAAUGUUACUGGGGAAAUAGAUCAGCCACUUUUAAGGUGCUGUCAUAUAUCUUGGAAUGAAUGACCUAAAAUCAUUUUAACCAUUGCUACUGGAAAGUUACAAAGUCAAAAUUGGAAGGUUUUAUUCAUUCUUGAAUUUUUCCUUUCUAAGAGCUCUUCUAUUUAUACAUACCUAAAUUCUUUAAAAAUGUAGAGGGAUACCUGUCUGCAUAAUAAAGCUGAUCAUGUUUUGCUACAGUUUGCAGGUGAAAAAAAUAAAUAUUAGAAAAUAUGCUAUCGUUUUUGUGUUCUUGCUGCAAUGCCUUUACCAAAGUGGCCUUAAAAUAUGAGUAGUGAAUUGAGAACAUCUUGAAUUCUUAAAUUAGAAUUUCAGAAGACUUCUAGUGACUAACUUUUAUGUCUAAAAGAGAAAAUUUUAUAAAAAGGCCAUGUAGAAAAUUUAUUAAAACUACUAUGACUGCUAUAUUCAGGAAUAUGUCAGUGGUAAAGCAUUUAAAUGUAGCUUGUCAGAUUCACCGUAAUCCUUCUAAUUUCUUUGCAACUUCUUAAUUUUGUGAAAAUUUGUAUAUAUGAAGAAUUUGCAUGUAUGUGUAUUUACAAAUUUUUUUAAGUAUCUUGAAUUCUCAGACUGCAGAAGUCCUAUUUUAACUAUUGAUUUUUAAACAAAAAUAUUGUCUUUGAAUGUAUUGGAAGCAGACAUGCAUUAACUGUGACAUGAUUGCACCUCAUUUUUUUUUCCUUUGUUUGGAUAAACUGAUAUUGUUAAAAUAGGACAUUUAUUUAUGUUCAUUUCUGGGGGGAAACAACCUGGAACCCAGUGUUACCUUAAAGUUAUAGAAUACUUUGUUUAAAAAGGAAACAAUACUAAUGUUAGGUUAUAUCUUUUUGUUAAUACUCAAGACAUGAACUUGUUUAAAUAUUUAUGUACAGUGAUGCCUCAUUCAUCA